AUGGCUCCUCCUAAGGUCUUUCUGACUGGCGCUACCGGCUACAUUGGUGGUGACGGUUUAUACACCAUCGCCACUGCCCACCCAAACUGGCAACUGUCGGUUCUGGUCCGUAGCAAGGAGAAAGCUGCCCAGGUUAUUAGCAAGUAUCCAGAGAUUCGCAUUGUCCACGGAGACUUGGACUCUGGUGAUAUCAUUGCAGAGGAAGUGAAAAACGCUGAUAUUGUCUUCAACUUUGCCGAUUGUGACCACGUCGCAGCUGCUCAGGCCAUUGCUAAGGGUGCCCAGAAGCACACCCCAGAGCAUCCCCUAUGGAUAAUCCACACCUCGGGCACUGGUAUCCUGACCGUGGAGGAUGGGCGUGCCGGUACAAUUGGUAUCGAGCGUCCAAAGGAAUACAAUGACUGGGAAGGAGUAUCCGAGCUUGUCAACCUUCCAGCAGAUGCUCUUCAUCGAAAUGUUGAUGAAAUUAUCAUCAACGCUGGCAAGCAAAACCCAUCUAGUGUCCACACGGCAAUCGUGUGCCCACCUACCAUCUACGGUCCCGGUCGAGGCCCUGGAAAUACCAAGAGCGUCCAAGCUUACAAGUUGAGUGCCGCCGUUCUUUCCCGUGGCUCGGGAAUCCUGAUCGGCAAGGGUGAAAACGUCUGGCACGAGGUUCACGUCCAGGAUCUAAGCAACGUCUAUCUCGCCUUGGGCGAUGCUGCUGCGGUUGGAGGUGGCAAUGCCACAUGGAAUGAUGAGGGAUACUAUUUGGCCGAGAACGGAUCAUUUAUCUGGGGAGAUAUUCAACGUGAGGUUGCAAAGCAGGCUCAUCUCCAGAAAUUCAUCGACUCGCCCAACGUGAACGAGCUGGAUGUCGACGAGGCCAAGAAGGUUCAUCCAUUUGGACACUAUCUCUGGGGUACCAAUUCUCGUGGACAUGCAAUUCGUGCUCGCAAGCUUUUGGCAUGGACCCCUCAGAAGCCGAGGUUGUUUGAUUUGAUUCCUGAAAUUGUUGCGCUGGAGGCAAAGGAUCUGGGCCUCCGCUAG